AUGAUCAAACAGGAGGAAUUCUACGGGGUUACGGUAGAUUUGGUUGGACAAACCAAGGUCACCGGAUCUAGUUAUCUGACGGACAGCCUGGCCUCUGCCGUACUGAGUCGACAAUUGGAGAAGGACCACUCAGGCGUGGCGAAAUUUUUGCCCGACCGAAUACACUUUUCGAGGACAACUUCCGGCAAGAUGAGGAUUUAUCGCCGAGAAGUCCCUUAUAACGAUGUACUGAAGAUCUACGUUUUUCCUAAUAAACCAGAUAUUUUCAUGUUGUGUACUGAGGGUGACUAUGAAGGUGGGCGUCUGUAUCAAAGUUUUCGCUGCCAUAAUGCCAUGGACCUGCAGACAGUUCGCCGCAUGAUCUAUGGUGAUGCGAACUUUACAGCCAGAUCUCAGAUUGUUGGAGGUGAUUAUUACGUGGACCGAAGGCCAGGCAGUGCCGUCUACGUAGAAGCUCCAAGACCAGUCACGUACGUCAAAGAAUACUUGCCUCCACCACGCAGUCCAUCACCAACAUAUGUGGAGCGUAUACAGACGGUGCAGCGUGAAAGAACUCCAUCACCAGUGCCCGUACGACGUGUUUCUGUGGUUCAAAAGACAGUGCCAUCACCGCAAACUGUGUAUGUUCAAAGAGCGCAGGAACCGGUGGUCGUUCGCAGAGUGAGGCCAGCAGAGCCUGUAGUCGCGGAGACAGUGCAAGUACAACGUGAGCCAUCACCAAUGUUCGUCCGUCGUGCAUCUUACGUUAGUCGUCCGGCAUCGGUGGUCUACGUCGAAGACAGUCCUGCAGUCGAAGAAUCAGGUCCGUUUGUGCUUAAACGUGUAUCAAGGGUGCUUCCCUCAGCAACCUAA